AUGUCCAAGCGGCCGUUCAGCGAAGUUGGCGUAGGGUGCGAGACCGAGUCCCCGGCCGUCGUUCCUGGUCCAUCCCGGCCGCCAAAGAUUGAGCCCAAUGGCGUGGUGGACCCCGCGGAGGGCAUCGUGCCCAAGGAGGAGGACAAGAAGCGGGUUUGCUUGGAGAAGACGGAAGCCAGCCUUCUGCACUCGACAGAGGUUAAAGCCGAAGGCCCCAUGAUGGUUAUUGAAUACAGAGAAGGUGACCUGGCGAAGCAAUUGCUCGCUGUGAAGAGCAGGGAAGAGGGCCCGCAGAACGUGGAGGUGGUCUUCCUAGCCGACCUCAUGACCUGCUCUCACCAACCUGUGAGAGCCCGGCAGUUGUGGGGCGAUCUUAUAUACACCCAUGACUCCGACAUUGUUGCUGUCCUACUGCACCUGGGAUACUACAGGAUGGUACCUGAGCGGCCGCCAAGCAUAGUGAUGGAGAUCAGAGCCCUUAUCAAGCUGCUGCCUGUGCAACAAUACUAUGCCUCAAACACACGACACGGUCUGCGGUCCAGAUCUUGGAGGAUGGAUCCUUCAAAAGAUAGAAAGUACUGCUCUUACAAGGUGGAGGGAUGCUGGCUUGUCAAGGAUGACAACACCUCGGUUGAGCUGUACCCAGCUCUUGAAAAAGAGUCAGAUUUUAUUCCCACCUUCACUCCUGCGGCAUUUGACAGGGCAAUGAACACAAGGGCUACAACUGCCAGUGCAGAGAGACGGCAGCGCUAUGUGCCCGAGCUGUGUUUCCUGUUCAACCUGUGCAAUGAGCCAUGGCUGAAGUACUCGAUGCAAGCCGUUGCAGAUAGGGGCCUGAAGCAGUGGCAGUGGACCUCUGCAAGGUUGCACUCCGAAGUGCUGUAUCUGGAGACCAAGAGGGAGAGAUUUGAGCUUGCAUGGACAGAGGGUGACUCAAAUCAACAGCAACAACAGCAGCCCAACCAAGAAAAAGUGGAUCUGUACCAGUGGUCCAAGUGCAAGUCGCCACUUCCCCUCGCCAAGAUGAGGCAACAUGGAACACCGCUCUCAAAGGAUCAAGUGGAUGUCGUGCACCCAAAUCUUAAAUGGAAUGAAGUGAAGUGGGGCAUGAAUUCUGUACAAGUGCGAGGAGAAGAUCAUCAGGUGCUACGUAUUCAUUUCAUGCAACGAAGCCAUCAAAAGGACUCUCAAAGUUCGAGCUGA